AUGGCCCUGUUUGGGAAGCAAAACGUUGGUUCGCUUGACGCCCUGCUCAACCGCCCACGCUCGUCAAGCUGGCAGGAGUUUCUAAAACAGCCCUGUGUUUUUCUUGCACGCAAGUUUUAUACCUGGCAAUCAAGAAUACCCACUCAGCCAAUUACAACCCCCAUCUCUGUGGUUUGCGUCUCAGACACCCAUAACAGCCAGCCGGCUUUACCAGAUGGAGAUGUCCUAAUCCAUGCUGGAGAUCUGACUCAAUCAGGAUCUCUGACGGAGUUAAAAGUGACUGUGGACUGGUUACGCGCCCAGCCACAUCCGAAUAAGAUAGUGGUUGCUGGGAAUCAUGACCUGUGUCUUGACGCCAAUUACCACAGCGCAGCAUCUUCUACACAUACAUCCAAAGCUCAAGAUGAAUAUUUCGACUGGGGAGAUAUAAUAUACCUCCAGAACUCAGAAACAACCAUAACAUGUCAGAACGGGCGUUCGAUCCGUAUUUACGGUAGCCCAUACUCAGCCCGUCACGGUAACUGGGCCUUUCAGUAUCCUCGUUCUGAGAAUAUAUGGAAGGGUGAGAUACCUGAUGAUAUCGACAUACUGAUAACACAUGGCCCGCCACGCGCACAUCUUGACCUCAUGACGCUCGGAUGCGUGCAUUUAUUGCAGGAGGUGUGGCGUGUUCGUCCGCGCUUGCAUGUAUUUGGACAUGUCCAUGAAGGGGCGGGAACCGAAUGGCUGCAAUUCGAUGCACUGCAGGAUCUAUAUGAACGCACUGUAGUCUCAGGAGGUGGAGUUUGGAAUGUUUUACGCAUGAUAAAAGAACUUGUACCGGAAUUUUUCAAAUCUCCUACUGAAGCGAAAUGUCAACUUGUGAACCCAGCCAUUGUUGGCGGUCUCCGAGAUGAGAAACGGCGGCAGCCUAUAAGGGUCACCAUUUAG